GUUUAGUUUGAGAAACAGAAGAUAUGAGUUGAUAUUAAAGUAAUUUUACAUUCCCAGUCUCAAUGGCUCUACAAAUUAACUGCAAUUAGAAUCAGUAUUUGUGACUGAUUUUCACAAUAUUGAAUUGGUGAACAAUGUCAUCAUGAAUAAGAAAGAAACAAUUUUAUACCUUUUUUUGAAAACACGAUAUUAUUGAGGAUUUGAGAACAUAUUCCAUCUUAACCGAGUCAUGGGUAACUCACGAUCAAGCAAGAACUGUGCUGUUUCUAUGACAAUGGGAAUGCCCCAGAGAGAAAGGGAUCUUCACAUUGCUGUUGUGGGCAAUGACAAACAAAGUGUUCUUUCAGUUCUUAAUCAAGGAGUUGAUAUUAAUUAUCCAUGGAACAAUCCUGCAGUGCCAAGUGUUAAAGAUAGUACCACACCCCUUAUAGCGGCUGUGUCACUAAAUCAUGUGGAGAUUGUUCUGGUAAGUAUUCAUAUUUUCUAUGGUGCUCUGGUGUUAAAAAGUUUAAAUAAAUUUAACAUAAUACAUUUUAUGAAGGCACUCAGAAAUUAAUUAAUAAAGAACUCUUUAUGCAGUAGAAACACCCUUGUCCAAUCGAUGUGUUGUCAGUGUUUUUAAAUUGGGAUAAUCAGGAUACUUUAUGUAGUUAAAGUCAAAAGUAGUUUAUAUAUCAAUAUCUUAAAGUUUUGUGUAAUGCUUUUCUUUGAUAUGAAUAAAAAUGCUGUAACGAUAAUGCUUUUCCUCUGGGAGUUAUUUGUAAAUUCACAUUGCUGUGUCUGAUUUGCUGAUUCCUGGAAAUUCAAAUUUCUACUAACUAUACCUUAUGACUAUUUCUCCUGCUUAGUAAUGAAUGAAUAUAUUUAAAUUUUAAUUCAGUUACAUUACAAAAAUUAAUUUGCUAUGUUUCUAUAUUAAUAAUGCAAUAAAAUAAUUUUCGAAAAAUAAGUUUUAAGUUUCUAAAAUUUGUCUCAAACAUUCAACCAAAAUCUACUGCUCAGUGUGACUAUGUUUUCUUUGUUUGUAUUUACUUUAAUUUGCUACUUUAUAACAAGAGAACCAAACAAUGGAUUACAACCAAAAUUGACAUGAUCAUACCUUCUGACUUACACAUGGUUCAAAAGUCUGUUUAUCCAAAAAAGCUGUAACUUAAAAAUAAUAAAAUGUAUAGAGUAAGGAAUAAAAAAAUAUUCUCAAAUGACUUGAAAAUGCCUGCUAUAAAGCCCAGCGUAUAAGACGACCACCUACUUUUCCUGUUAAAAUAUAGGGUUUGGGCUAUACUCGCCGUAAAAGACUACCCCUCUUUCAACGCACAACAAAUAGAAAUUAAAAAACAGAUUUGAUUUCAUUUUGGUAAUUUUAAUUUAAAUGCUUAUGACAUGCAGGUACUUAGCAGGAAAACUCUCACUUAUAAACAUAAGGCUGUUUGUCAUCAAACAUAAAACAAUGCAAGUGGAUCUGGUUCUGGUAGUGUUCGUUGCUGCAUCCAUAUACUGUACAACGGUUGGAUUAAACUUUUUCUAAUUCACUGUAAAGCUGAAAGGAAGGAUAAGACAAUAUGCCCUAUCCACCUCCAUCUUUUCUUUAUGAUGUCUUCAUCAAUGGGUACCUGGUAUGUCCUUGCUAGUAGCUCUUAAUCUCCUAUUUAUACAUGUGAAAAUUUGUCUGUUUUUACCAUGUUUCUACAUAGGUUAAUGGAUCUUGAUCAAACUUGGGAUACAUAAAGGAAAUACUGAGAGGGUUUGCAUUGAAAAUAUAAUUAAAAUCCUGUUUCAGGGUGGGGGUCAAAAUUUAGUUUUUUCUUAAAUGAGAUAUAUAAAUAAAAUUAAAAUGAAUGGACAGAUAAAGACCAAACUUUGUACACAUGCAAAAGAGUAGGCUUAGAUUUAUAAUAUAAUGCCAUAGAUGGUGUGUCUGUCAUCGACAUAGAUAUUUUUUAGUGAGCAUAUUUUAUAAAGAAAUUACUCGUGUAGCUAUUUCUGUGUAAUUAGUACCGGUAUUGGUGAUGUUUUUGACAACACGAAAUUCUAAAGGCAAAUCUGGAAAACCAAAUAUAGCAUGACACUCUUGGGAGAAAUAGUAAUUAAUGUGAACCCUAGCAGAAACAACGCUGCCAUGGAAGACGAAACCUGGGAGGAUGAAAUAACCGACAAAAUUGUCUGAUUAAAACUUCCUGAUAAAGAUGCGCAUCCGAGACAACAUGAAAUUGUAAAAUUCUGUAUGAUACAUGGCCCAUGUGGUCCAUUAAAUCCAAAUGCAUUGUGUAUGGAAAACGGAAAAUGCACAAAAAAAUGCCAAAUAGAUUUCUGUACCGAAGCUAACCGCAGUGUCCAUUGUUACUUGUUACCCAAAUAUCAACGCAGAGAUCAUGCGUUGAACUUGGGGGAAACAAAGUUGUUAACAGAUAAGUGGUGCCAUACAACUCAUACCUGUCUCAGAAAUACAAUGCCCACAUUAACGUUGUGAUUUGUAGCUCAAUUCAAAGCGUUAUAUACCUCUUAAAAUAUGUUUACAAGAGGCAAGACUGUGAAAUUAUUCAAUUCGUAACUGUUCCCACAGAACUGGAAGCUAAUAUUAAAUGGGACGAAAUCAAAAAUUACUUGGUGACCUUAUAUAUAAGUGCACCUGAAGCAUGCUGGAGCAUGUGGAAAAAUUAAAUAUCCACCUUAUAGACAAGCUUACAAUAUUUGUUCUACCAGGCAACAAAACUGAAACUGUAGAGCAAAAAUCCACCAAGUCCAAACUUAUGUCUUGGUUUAAGAUUAAUCAGGGAGGCCCUGAUGCCAGAGAGUAUUUAUAUAUAAAAAAUCCUGACCUCUAUACGGGGAUGACAAAAAUUGCAACGAAGCCUUCAUGCAUAUCCUUGGUGAUUAUUAUAAGGAAAAUAUAUUUUUGAACCUCCUACACUCAUUUCUACACUCAUUUGGAACUUUCUAGAAAUUUGAAAAAAAAAAAUUAAUAAUUUUGACUUCAUUACAUUUGAGGAAGCGGAACCUCAUGGAGACUUAUAGAAACAUAACAAACAUUAAAAGGAUAUUUACAUAACCUUAAAACCCUUAUACAAAAAAAAGAACAUAGAAUGUAGGCCUUCAAAGAAACCAACGCUAUUUUAAUAUGAAAUAUAAGGGUAUAGCUACAAAGUUUGGCUUACAUCUAUCAAUUGACAUAGAGCCUUAAAUUGUUACUAGCUGAAGUACCCAUUCUAUGCCAGGGUAGCGAGCAUUUUUAUUAGCUCACAUUGAUAAUGCCACAGCUGGCUAUGUAGUUUAAUUAUCGGGGGGGGGGGGGGAUUUUUUCGUAGACCACAUUUUUGGUGUAAACUGUGGUAUUUCUUUUAGUUCCCUUGUUUGUCUGGUCCUUAGACUGUUACCUUGACUUGGUGAAAGCGCUUUGUUCUUGAAAAUACAUCAUAAAGUUGUCCAUGACUGAAUACUGGAAAUGGCACAUAAAUACCAACUGAAUUAAGUGUUUGUCCUUUGCUUUAGUUGAUGGUCACAACAAAAGCAAGGGUUAAUGUAACGAGAAAGUUAGGUUUUCUGGGUGCAAGAAAAACUCUUGGAAUAAAUAUCCUGGUACCUUUAAAAGAUCCGAUCAGAAUUUCACAGUCAAAGACUUUUGACAUCAUUUGGUUGAUGACCAUUCUGGUGACAUUGCAAAGACCUCUCUUUCAUAGCAACAUUACUACUGCACCAACUUUCAAGAAAUGCAGUUCAAAAACUCCAUAAGAUAGUUUUGUUUUUCCUCGACGUUUGCACUGUCUUGCUGAAAAGAAAGUAUGCUGGUAUAUAAAUUUAAUUCAGAUUGAAUUCGUCUAAGGACAUUUUCAUUAAGUUUAAGUGAAUCAUGAAUUGUUGGGGUCAGAAUUUUGCUGUCAGCAUUGCGUUCAUCUCUUGAUUGGAUGACCUCAGGAAAGACAGUAUCAACAAUACAUCCAUUUACAGUGCAGACUGGAGGAAUUUCAAAGAUGCCUUCCUCUAAUCCAGGUUCUUGGAAUUUUCCAUUUCCAAGCUUUAAAAGCCAAUCAGAAAAGCCUUGGUGUUCUGAUGGGACAUUGCCCUCAUUGGCAUGCAUGUUUUGGUCUAACUUUUGGACCUGAACAUUUUUCAAACACUUAACAUUCUUCAUAGAUGAAGAAAGUAUUUCUGUUCUGGUGUCAUGUGGAACAACAGGUACAAUUUGCAUAAAAUCUUCUCUGAAAAGGAAGACCGCACCUCCAAAAAGUAUUUAGAAUGAACUAUUGGAUCUUGCGAUUACACGCUUUAACAUUAAUUGUUGCAUCUAGGCCAAACUUGGUCAACAUACCUUUCAUUGGGUGCUGGGUGGCCGAGCGGUCUGAACUGUCUCAAACCAAAAAGCCGGUGGUCCGGAGUUCAAUCCCCACCAAAUCCAACAUCCCAAGCACCCCGGGUGGAUGGGACUCGUUAGCCUUGGACGGCAACCCAUCUAAGAGAAGGCAAACUCUGAAUUUAAACCAGGAGCCAGAAUGAUCAAAAAAUUGAUCGUGGGCCCCUCAAAUAUAAGAAGAAGAAGAAGAUAACCCCUUUAAAAAUAUUGGUGGAUUUGAAACUAAUAAUAUUCCACCCUUUUUGGGCAGGUGCCCCAAUUUUAUUUAAAAUAUAACCCUAUAUCUUUGGUGUUUUGCAACUGAUUUUAAUGGGACACUUUUUAAAAUAAAGUUUGUUCUUUAUCCAACCUUAACUUGUAAAGAUUGUCCCAUGGGUGCCGAGCCUCCAAUAGAUAACAAUUUAAAAAGCUAAAUCUAUGGCAAAAUCUAUCCAACUUUAAUGGGCUAAAUUUGAAAUUUAAUUUGAAUAUUUAAGUGAAUUAUUUUUAUAGAGCCCCUAUCUUAGGGAUAACUAAAUUGACCCCUUUUGGAAUGGGUUCCUGUUAGGUAUACUAUUUUAUUUUAAUUAAUACAAGGCCAUACCUGGUGGCAUUGCUGAAUAAAUUUUUUAAUAAGAAAUUUUUUUUUUAAAUUCGAUUGGUCUUGGAAUCAUUUUUUUUUACUUGGCCCAGCUUGUGUAAUAACUGAAACGGGCUGCGUCCCCCUUUUCAAUGUUUACAAGAGUUUUUAUAGACUGAAUUUGUUAAGGAAAUUUUUUUAAAAUUUGAUUGGUACAAUAGGCAAGUGUUUUGUCAGGGCCCUAAAUUUACUUGUAUGCUGAUAACAUUUAUGAUAUUUUUCUGAAUGCAUACCCAAGUGACGCAAGGUAUAUUGACUAGUAAAAUAUAAAAUAGACAUUUGAAUCUAUAUGUACAAUCUAAUGUUGAUAUCAUAUCAUGUCAAUUUUUUUUACAAAUUCAGAUUCUUCUUCAUAAUGGUGCUGCAGUAAACAGGACUGAUCGGAAUGGCUGUACACCUUUAUACAAAGCAGCCUUUCAUGGGCGUAUGAAUUUGGUUGAUGUAUUAGUUCAAAAAGGCAAGUGUUGAAAUACAUGACAUAUUUAUUUUUGUUCAGCAGCAGUCAACUUACAUAUUUAUAACCUUUUUUUUUUUUUUUUAAAGUUAUAUUAUGCUAAAAUUUAUUGUAAAAUAAAAUAUACUUCUUUUUUCUUUUAUUGAUCCUUCUUCUUGUUAUUGUAAAGGUGCUUAAAUUGACAAGCCCGAUAAAGAAAAUUUUUUGUUCAGCAGCUGUCUACUUACAUAUUUAUAUCCUUUUUUUUUUUUUUUUUAAAGUUAUAUUAUGCUAAAAUUUAUUGUAAAAUAAAAUAUACUGCUAUUUGCAUUGAUUGAUCCUCCUUCUUGUUAUUGUAAAGGUGCUGAAAUUGACAAGCCCGAUAAAGAAAAUCAGACACCUUUGUAUAUAUGUGUACAAAAUGCUAUUGUGCAUUCCAGCUAUGCCACUGUCAUACGUUUAUUGGAUGCUGGAGCAUCAGUAAACAUGUGAGAUCUAGCUUUUUUUAAAGACAUUUAUGGAAGGCUAAUUGUGUUGUGUUUGUCAUUUUUCUGAUUGAUAGCUUCAUUGUUUUGAAAUAUCUUAUUAAUGACUAAGAAGAUAAAUAUUAAUUAAUUUUGAGUUGAUUUUUACAAAUUAUUUAAAAAUAAUAAUAGUUUUUAAACAUGCGCUAAACAAAUGCCUUACAUUCUAAAUUACAGAGCGGAUCGUUACGGUCGUGUACCUCUUCAUAGUGCUGCUCACUGGAAACUCAAAGAAUUGAUUCGCAUUUUACUAGAAGCUAAUAGCUUCGUGAAUGUGGUAGACUACAAAGGAAGAACGCCACUUUAUGUCUGUGUUGCAUCUUUGAGUACUGGGUUAUAUAAAGAAGAUCUUAAGUAUCAAGUUCCUUGUAUAAAGGUACUUUGUUUAGUUGGUUUUUUUUUGUGGUUUUUUUGUAUUACUGAUUGAUACAAUGCAGGGAUGAGCUUGACUUUGUCUUGGCUGCUUGUUUCUCUCAUUGAUAUUUUAAGAUAUAUUUUACAAUAUUAAAUUUUUAUUUAAAAGUAACAAAAAAGUUUAUGUUGUCUGGGAUGUUGAAACAUUGGCUAUAUUUAUUACCAAGCAGUAGGGGGUGUGCCCCCCCCCCCUCCCCUCUCAUCACUUUUGUAAUUUUUAGAAAUAUUUUACAAUAUUUAAUUUUUAUUUAAAAGUAACAAAAAAGUUUAUGUUGGCUGGGAUGUUGAAACAUUGGCUAUAUUUAUUACCAAGCAGUAGGGGGUGUGCCCCCCCCCCCUCCCCUCUCAUCACUUUUGUUCUUUAUAUGAAGGGGCAGCAUUUUUCAGUUUUUUCCAUUGGAAGUGGAUGGCUGAAUUCUCAGCCCGCCCAUGUUGGCACCAACCCUAGCCACACCACUGUCAUUAAGUUCCCAUUGUCUGAAGAGUUCAAAUAUGGUGGUCACCCUUGUAUCGGUGGACCAUUAAAGUCAUCAAUUAUUCUCCUGUCUAAAUCAUUUCCUUCCCCAGUUAGCAGAAAUUUACAUCAAAUUGAAUAAAUUUAAUUUUUUUUUAAUUAAUAAAUUUGUCUUUCCAGGGAAGAUUUCAAAGCAUAAUUUAAAAAAAAAAAUAAGGUUUAUUUUUCAAUUUAGAAAAAUUUAAUGGGAUCUUUAGCUGCAAUCUUUUAAGCAUAAAAUUUUUUAAGAAAAAAAUUGAAACACAUAAUAUGACAAGUUAAUAUGUUGUUUUUACUUUUAAAUUAAUUUGUUAACCUUUUUCUGUCAUAAAACUAACUUUAUUGACCAAUGCAACCAAAUAAUGUUUCUCAGAAAUAAUUUAUGUUCUAUAAAUAACUUAACCAACCCAUCAUCAAUUGAAUUUGAACAUACAUAAAUGGAUGCCAAUAAAAGAACAAACUGCAGGCUAAUACUAAUAGUAAAAAUAAUUAUUUUUAUACACUUUAAGGGGAAAGUUUCAUACAUUAAUAUUCAUACUGAAUGCUCUAUCUGUACAUCUAUUGAUUGCCUUUUAGAAAUGGACUAUUAAAGGAACUGCGCUUCCUUCGGUGUUUCCCCUGCCCAAGCAACCAGAUAUUUUCUGUAAUUUCUUUACAAGCAAAGUAGCUGACAUUCGAGCUGAGCUUGAUCGUCUUGAUGCCCCUCCCCUUGAAUUGCCUCCUUUCCCUUGUCUUACUUCCCAUUUUAAUAUUUUUAAACCUGUUUCAGAACUUGAGGUAAAAAAUAUAAUCCUAAAAUCUAAACAUACGUCAUGUUAUUUGGAUCCCAUCCCAACCCCCCUGUUGGUUGAGUCAUUAGAUAUCUUGCUCCCAACAAUAACCCGCAUAAUAAAUGAAAGCUUAUAUUCUGGCACUGUUCCGCCUCUUUGCAAAUCAGCUGUCAUCAAACCAUUGCUUAAGAAGCCCGGUCUGGAUGAAAAUAAUUUAAAAAACUAUAGACCUGUAUCUAACUUAUCAUUUUUAUCUAAAGUUAUUGAAAAACUAGUCCUAAAACAACUUUUUGCUUACUUAAAUGAUCACUCUCUUCUCAGUUCUAAUCAGUCGGCCUAUAGACAUUUCCAUAGCACGGAGACAGCUCUCUUGAGAGUCAGUAAUGACCUCUUGCGCGCAAUGGACAGCGGUAAUGUCUCCAUUUUGAUCCUCUUAGACCUCAGUGCGGCCUUUGACACUGUUGACCAUGAAAUCCUUUUCAAAACCCUUGAAAACUACUUUGGAAUUUCUGGUUCGGUUUUGGCUUGGUUUAGGUCCUACCUCUCUGAUAGAACGCAAAUGGUCUCUGUCGAUGGCUGUCUCUCCGGCAGUGCUGAUUUGGUGUACGGAGUGCCACAGGGGUCCGUUUUGGGUCCGGUUCUAUUCAUAAUGUAUACCAGACCACUACUCCUCUUGCUCGGGAGGCAUGCUGUUGAGAACCAGUCAUUUGCAGAUGAUACACAGCUAUACAUGCAUACCCAUCCAUCUCUUGUCGAUUCCGCUGUCCAGACUUUGCGGGGGUGCAUUGAUGAUGUCAAGUCUUGGAUGACACUCAGCAAGUUGAAGCUUAAUGAUGACAAAACAGAAGCACUCCUCAUUUACAAUCACAAAUCAUCCUCUACCUCAACUCUUCCCACCUCAUUUCAAGUAGGUAACUCCGACAUACAGUUUACACCCUCUGCUAGGAAUCUUGGUUAUAUUCUUUCUAACAACAUGUCUCUCGAUAAACAUAUCUCUCACAUUUGUCGUUCGGCAUACACCGCCAUCCGUCAGAUCAGCUCCAUCCGCCACUACCUGACAGUUAGCGCAACAAAAACUCUAGUCUGUGCUCUUGUUCUCUCUCGUCUUGACUAUUGCAACUCACUUCUGUCAGGUUCACCGAAACAUUUUAUAGAAAAACUGCAGAAAGUUCAAAACUCUGCUGCUAGGCUUGUUCUUAAGGCAAAAAAACGCGAUCACGUCACUCCACUACUCCACUCACUACAUUGGCUCCCUAUACAGGCACGCAUUGACUACAAGCUGUCUCUUCUCUGUCACAACUUUUUCUCGGAUUCCUGCCCUUCCUAUCUAACUGAACUUCUUUCUGUCUAUUCACCCCUUCGACAACUUCGCUCCUCCGCAGACUCGCGUAUUCUGUCCGUUCCCAAGACACGCACUAAAUUAUAUGGUGAACGAUCUUUCUCUUUCUGCGCCCCCAAACAAUGGAAUUCUUUGCCACUACACAUCCGCAAUAUAACAACCACACAGGCCUUCAAAACUGCACUCAAAACACAUCUAUUUAAACUAUACUACUCUGACUGAUUCUCCUCCUAUAAACCGAUAAACGUACAUGGGUUUCCUUGUAAAAAUGUCUGGUGUGGGUGGAUGAAUAUACCUAUGGUGUUGUUUUGCUUAUAUGUUGUUUUUAUUUCAUUUAUGUAUUUUAUUUUAAUAUUAUGAUUAUGCCUCUUUGCUAUAUAUGUACAGCGCGGUGAGCCCAGCCCUAGGCCGGGGUACCGCGCUAUAUAAGACCACUUAUUAUUAUUAUUAUUAUUAUUAUUAUAUAAAUCAUUUUUUAUUCCAAUAUUUUGAAUAUUGCUGAAUUGUUCCGAAUUGUUUUAAUUUUUUUUUUUUUUUUAAAUGUCAAGAUAUGAAUGUAGUUAUAUUAUAUCUAAAAAUCUUUCAUCUUUUCUUCCAUUAGAUCCUCUAUGCUGCUGGUUGUGACAUGCUAAAUCUGGAAGAUUGGCUUCGCUGGAAAGGUCCUGGCAUUCCUGCUCAGUUGCUUACAGGAGAUGACAACUUUUUGGCUUGGUAUAAUGCUGCCAUGACCUCCCCUCCCAGCCUGCGAAACUUGUGUCGUAAAGUUAUCCAGAAAAGGUUGGUGACAUAUGACUGCCCUGGUUUGGUCAAAUGUGUGGCUCAGCUUCCUAUUCCUCCAUCUCUUAAAGUUUACUUGUCUCGUAAAAUGUUUCAUUUGCCCAUGUUAUAGGGCUUACUCAAUGCAAUGUCUUUGCCAAUUUAGUGAAAGUUAGUUCUAAGCCAAUUGUUAUCUUUAAGUGUAGAUCUAAUAUUUUAAGAUAAACAAAUUUUGUCCACAUAUCAAUAAUUUUUUCAAAAUUAGAAACAUAAACAUAAAAUGGUCCUGAGGUGUUUUAUUUCAUAUUUAUUUUAAAAACUGAUUUAGGAAAUAAAAUAAUUUAAUGUAAAUAAAAUUCUGCAAUGCAUUGGUGUCAUUCGCCAAAUAGAUAAUGCCUCAUUUGAGAAUUACUUAGUAUUGACAUUAAUGAAUCAGAAUAAUUUAAUGAAACCAAUUACUUUAGAAAUGUAAUUUGCACCUGAAAAUCUAAUAUGGCUUAGAAUAACAACUUCCUAUAGGCAAGAUCUCUUGGUGUGUUGUGAACUGUGAAAAAUAUUUAAAUAAGAUAAUGUAACUCUUUUAAAUAUGUUAAAAGAUAUUAUUUUUUAAUUUGUUGAAAAUGUAGAAUGGUGCAUUUAUUAACAUUUGCAUAAUUUCUUUUUCUGUAAUUUCUUAGUUUAUGAAGGCUACAUACUUUUAUCAUCAUUAUGAACACAGUCAGAUAAUUCAAAGAUGUGAUUAUGUGUAUAUUGAUAUAAAUAAGUGAUGCAAAUAAGUAAGAUAGGUCUCUAACAAAAAAAUUGUUCUUGAACCCUAUUUUCUUUUAAAUUAAAAUAUAUUGCAGUUUGUUUUAUUAUAAAUAAAGUUAGGCAAUAAAAUAUUUUAGAUUAUAGCUCAUAAAUCAAUGAAGAUGUGGCUAAUGUAAAUAAAUGUUUAUUAAUAAUCAAAGCAAAAAA